CCCCCCAUUGUGUCUUUUAGCAGCCAAACCAACGGAACUCAGAACCAGAAAUGUCUGCGGGUCAGGAACUGGGAGAACCGGACGCUGGCAUACGACACGCUGAACGUCCAGGCGGAGCAGGAUGUGGCCUGUACCAGAGCCCGAUGUCUGGGCUCCAACAUGUUUCCAUCUCAGAUGAUGUGUCCUCAUGCACAAGAACCAAAAAGUCCAGAAGAGAUUCUUCCCAAGGCCAAAGACUUCAUCAACCAGUACUACAGCUCCAUCAAAAGGGCCCAGUCCAAGGCACACAUAGAGCGUCUAAAGGAGGUUGAGCAGGAGAUAAUGUCUACAGGAACCUACCAACUCAAGGAGACCGAGCUGAUCUUUGGAGCCAAGCAAGCAUGGAGGAACGCAUCCCGAUGUGUGGGCAGGAUUCAGUGGUCAAAAACUCCAGUGUUUGAUGCCCGAGAUUGCCGGACCACCCAUGAGAUGUUCACCUACAUCUGCAGCCACAUGAAGUACGCCACCAACAAAGGCAACAUCAGGUCAGCCAUCACCAUCUUCCCACAGAGAAAAGAUGGAACCUCAGAUUUCCGGAUAUGGAACAGUCAGCUGAUCCGAUACGCGGGGUACAGGCAGCAGGAUGACACGGUGGUGGGGGAUCCAAGCAACCUCUGCGUUCAGCUCGGCUGGAAGCCGAAAGGAGGAAGAUUCGAUGUGUUACCUCUGCUGCUGCAAGCCAACGGGGACGACCCGAAACUCUUUGAGAUUCCUCCAGAACUGAUUCAGGAGGUGCCCCUUCGACACCCACAGUACGAAUGGUUUGCAGAACUCGGAUUGAAGUGGUACGCCUUACCCGCUGUCAGUAGCCUCCUCCUGGAGAUCGGAGGUCUGGAAUUCCCAGCAGUGCCAUUCAAUGGCUGGUAUAUGAGCACCGAGGUUGGGAUGCGGAACCUGUGUGACUCCUCCCGAUACAACAUAUCCGAGGUCAGGGGCCCCCCUACCAUGGGGAAUUCUCUGGGCCAUUCUGAAGGGGGGAUUCAAUUCUCAGCAACAGCAGACCAUAAGUAA